AUGAGCAGAACCCAUAAUAAAACCAAAAAUGAAGUUUACAGUAAACAACGAUUUUCAUAUGGCAACGUUCAAUCAUUAUUAGAAACACAAGUAAAUGCUGCCGACAAUUUUAUUUUUAACAGUUUGCCCAAAGAUUGGAGGUAUGAAUUGAUUAUAGUCCAACAACCUGAUCGCGCUAGAGCAUGCGGAUACGGAAACAAGGAUGUAAGACCAAUUAAUCCUGCGGUUUUUCUUAAAAUGAAUGUCUACGAUUCAAAUGGAUUAGUUGAUAUUGAAAUUUUCAGCAGUAAAACAAACCAUGAAUUAAUAAUUGUCGCAGUUGAUAAUUACGAUAAAAAUUUGUCUGACGAAAAAAUGGUGAAUUUAGUUGGAAAUCAAGUUUCAAAUUCUCACAAAGUUAAGGAUUUAAAUGAAGAGAGAGGAAUAUAUUUUGUUUUUUCUAAUUUGAGCGUAAGAAGCAUUGGCGAUUUUUAUUUAAGUUUCUCGUUAUUUUAUAUUGGAAAACUUGCUUACGUUGAUUCAAAAAAGUUUACAGUUUAUUCAAGUAAAGAUUUUCCCGGUAUAAUAGAAAUGUCAAAAUUGGCACAAUCUUUUGCUGCUCAAGGUGUUCCAAUUCGUUUGAGAAAUCAUAAAAAUAUAAAAGAUCUGAAAGGCUCCACAUCUACUAAAUCCAAAACAAACGUAGAAAAUUCCUAA